AUGGCUUCUUCAUUUUCAUGUGGUAAAUUUGCUGCAGCUAAUCUAUGCAAACUCCUCCUAAUUUCAGGCCUAGCUAUAUACUUGAUACUCACCAUCUCCCUCCCAAAUCAGUUAAUUUACCAAAAAUUCCCAGUUUCCGAAUUGUUUUCCUUUUUCCGCAUGCACACACAAUCCCCUCAAUCAACUUCUCCGACCAAUCUGGGUCACCUUGCUUUCGGAAUCCUCGGCUCCGAAGGCGGCUGGCAUUUCCGCAGAAACUACGCAGAGUCGUGGUGGAGGCCGAACGCGACACGUGGGUUCGUGUACUUGGAUGCGGCCCCCACCGGCGACCUCCUGCCGUGGUCGGCCAGGUCGCCCGCUUUUAGGGUUUCGGACAACAUAACCAAGUUUUUGGAUGAGGUGAAAGCCGCAGAGCCGAUGGCUGUAAGAAUUGUUCACGGAAUAAAGGAGUUGGUGAGAGACGUGGGCGAAGAUGAUGGCGAUGGAAGUGUUAGGUGGGUGGUGAUCGGAGACGACGACUCCAUCUUUUUUGUGGACAAUUUAGUGGACGUUGUUGCGCAGUAUGAUCAUACGAAGCACUACUACAUUGGUGCGCCGUCGGAGUUUUACAUGUCGAAUGUUUGGUUCUCGUUUAAUCAAGGCUUUGGGGGGGCUGGAAUUGUGUUGAGCUACCCUCUUGCAAAAGCCUUAGCAAAUGAUAUGGACAAUUGUCUUAGAAGACAUGCUCCAUAUUUCAUUACCGCCGACAUCAUAAUUAAGGCUUGCGUUGGUGUGUAG